AAAAAUUAUUCUAAACGAGCAAAGAAGAAAACAACAAAGGCUUCCAAAAACAUGUCAUGAAUGAACAUACAGAAAAUUCUUUACCUCAUACUCAAGUUAUAAGAAACAUGAAUGCAGGAAAUAUAUUUUACAUGCCACUAACUUCUUUUGCUGAAAUGUGGUACCAGAUAUUCUUGUGGGCAUUAUUUUCUUCUAUAUUUGUUCAUAUGAUAGCUGGCACAAUUUGUUUUGCCACUUUACGACAACAUAAGUAUGGAAAAUUUUUUCCACUCCUUAUAAUAAUAAUGGGUAUAUUACUACCAUUGACAUCAGGGGUAUUAAGUUCUGCUGCUGUUGCAUUUGUUUAUCGAGCAUCGAGUCAUCAAAUGCCACCAUUAUAUGCAUUAGUAUGGGGGAUUGGGCAGACAUUUGUUGCUGCUUGUGUUGGAUUCACUAGAAUCUUGGCAACUUUAUAAUAUAAAAAUAAUUAAACAGUAACGAAAGAUAACAGUAAUAACUAACAUAAUAAUUGUGAAUCGAAUUUUAAUAUAUAAUUACAACUUGUAUAAAUAUGUAGCACAAAUUUAUAUUAUUAUGCUUCAGAUUUUUGUGAUUUUAUAUGAGUAUUAAUAUUAUCAGGAAUCGCUUUUAUUUGCUCCAAUUUGUUGUUUAAUGCUUCUUGUGCUUCCAUUUUUUCAAUAUUUUCAGAAGAUGAUAUGCUACUUCUUACUAAAUCUGCAAAAUAAUGCGAUAAUUUUGUUAUAAAUAUUUAAACAUUAUGCUACCAACAUGUAUAAGUUUAAUUCAUAUAUUGUCCAUAAAAUCUUAAAAUAAAGUUAUUAAUGUUAUGA